AUAGUCAGCAGAACGAGAGGCUGAGCGGAGCAGCGCAGCAUUCACAGCUCCUGCAUCCUGCAGAUGAGUCUGCUCCGAGGAAGAGAGGGGGAAAACGAUCCUGGCUCCCAGAGAAAAAGAGUCACAGAUGAAGAGAGGCAGAAAGGGGAUGAAAAGCACAGAGGGAGAAAGAGGGCAAAAUGACAGGACCUGAGUAAAAGGUGAUGCCUGAGGACAACUGCAGCGAUACUAAAUCUGGAGCUGUCAGGACAACCCUCAGUGAGCCAGCGAGUGAGAACAGCAAGGAGAGGAGGAGAGAAGAAGUGGAUUUGAGGAGCUGAUCUUAUCACUCCGGACAAGCAAAGAUGGGAACCCUGAAAGGCUCUCCAUCACCAGAUCAAACUUCACAUCAGAGAAAAGCCUUCAGAUCAUCGGUUUGAAGCUCAUUCUUCAGGGAAGUGACAAAACAGAGAAGAGACAUAUCCUGGCAGUUCCAAAAGCUGGUGGAACAGACCUCACACAGGACUCUUGCUGCCGAACUGCUCAGAGUGGCUCAAAUCUCUCCUGUCCUCAUCCCCCUCAGCCCUCCAUCACACCUGGCUUCUUCUGCUGGAUGUCUUCUCUGCAUGCUCUCCCACUGCUCAGCAGUUGAACACACUCAUGGUCGAUGCCAAGGGAAGGAACAUGAAAUGUCUGACUUUCUUCUUAAUGCUUCCUGACUCUGUGAAAAGCAAGUCAAGCAAAAGCUCCAAAAAAGGGAAUGCCAGUGGCAGCUCCAAGCUGCCCCCAGUCUGUUAUGAGAUAAUCACCCUGAGGAGCAAGAAGAAGAAGAAGAUGUCCGCGGAAAUUUUUCCCACCAAGAAGCCGGCAUCCCCCACCACCACCACCACCACCACGGUGCAGGAGUACCAGCAGCAGAACCUCAACAACAACAACACGAUACAGAACUGCAACUGGCAGGGACUCUACUCAACUAUAAGAGAAAGAAAUUCAGUGAUGUUCAACAAUGAGCUGAUGGCAGAUGUUCAUUUUGUCAUGGGUCAGCCUGGAAGGACCCAGCGGCUGCCGGGCCACAGAUACGUACUGGCUGUAGGCAGUUCAGUGUUUCAUGCCAUGUUUUAUGGUGAACUUGCAGAGAACAAAGAUGAAAUUCACAUACCGGAUGUGGAACCAGCAGCAUUUCUGGCAAUGCUAAAGUAUAUAUACUGUGAUGAAAUUGACUUGACUGCUGACACCGUGCUGGCCACUCUCUAUGCUGCCAAAAAGUACAUUGUCCCUCACCUGGCACGGGCUUGCGUCAACUUCCUAGAGACAAGUCUGAGCGCCAAGAACGCCUGCGUGCUGCUCUCCCAGAGCUGCCUGUUCGAGGAGCCGGAGUUGACACAGCGCUGCUGGGAGGUGAUUGAUGCCCAGGCUGAGCUGGCAUUACGUUCAGAGGGUUUCUGUGACAUUGACUCCCAGACCCUGGAGAGCAUCUUACAGCGAGAGACACUCAAUGCUAAAGAGAUAGUGGUAUUCGAGGCUGCACUUAGCUGGGCUGAGGCCGAGUGUCAAAGACAGGAGCUCAUAUCUUCUACUGACAACAAGCGUAGGGUCCUGGGGAAGGCCAUGUACCUCAUACGUAUCCCUACAAUGGCUCUGGAUGACUUUGCCAAUGGAGCAGCCCAGUCUGGCGUGUUGACGCUUAAUGAGACCAAUGACAUCUUCUUGUGGUACACGGCAGCCAAGAAGCCUGAACUUAAGUUUGCAAGUCAACCGAGAAAGGGCCUGACGCCGCAGCGUUGCCACAGAUUCCAGUCCUGUGCCUAUCGAAGCAAUCAGUGGCGCUACCGAGGCCGCUGUGACAGCAUACAGUUCGCUGUGGAUAAAAGAGUUUUUAUCGCAGGGUUUGGCUUGUACGGAUCUAGCUGUGGCUCAGCAGAGUACAGUGCCAAGAUAGAGCUGAAGCGUCAAGGUGUGCUGCUGGGACAAAACCUCAAUAAAUACUUCUCUGACGGGUCCAGCAAUACCUUUCCAGUAUGGUUCGAGUAUCCAGUCCAAAUUGAGCCAGAUACCUUCUACACUGCCAGUGUUGUUCUGGACGGAAAUGAGUUGAGCUACUUCGGACAGGAAGGGAUGACAGAGGUACAGUGUGGUAAAGUGACAUUCCAGUUCCAGUGCUCCUCAGACAGCACCAACGGCACCGGGGUGCAGGGAGGGCAGAUUCCUGAACUUAUCUUUUAUGCUUGACAAUACGUGUAACUAUUUCUCUAAUUUUUAGUGCACUUACUGAAGCAGAAAUGUAUCACUUUGUGCAAAACAGAAGGUGUUAUUUUGUUGCAGCUUGAUGUUAUACCUGUGAUAUGUUUUCUCUACUUAUUUUGAUAUGAGUGAAUGGUCAAGCUCCUGGUCAAUUUGCCCCAUCACCAUUUCCUAAUGGACUACUUGCAUUUUACUGGCUAAAUUACAUAUGUGGGUUUUUUUUAAUUAUUAUUAUAUUUGCAGGGGUUUUUUUAAUAUAAAUUCUGAAGAUAAACUUCUAAUAUUUUGAAAAAUAUUUUCUGAACUAUUGGGAGGGUAUAUUUUGCUCCUUGACAACCAAUUUCUAAAGUAUUUAUUUUAUAUUCUACAGAUAAAAAAAAAAACAGCUAUUUAAACACUUUAUGCUUUUUUUUUACUUACCAACACUGAAUUACACUAAACCUCUUUUUUAAGCCAAUCAAGCGGAUUGACUUAAACAAUCCAUUUGUUUAAGUGUAUUGGCCUUCAUACACUUUCAUACACUAAAAUAACUUAACUAAGUUAUUUUUAGUUAAGUCACAAAGAAACUUUAAGCAAUUUGUGAAAACCCAAAUGAUAAUGUCAUUGCUUUGAACACUUCUAGUACAAUUCACAAGAUCGGACUUAAUUGGAGGUGAAAGUUGAUGUGUUUUAAGGGAACAUCCCAAACACACAGCUUCCUUUUAUGACAUCGUCUGAAGAUCAAGGAAGGAGGGAGACAGGUUCUGUGUCCCAGAGAUGAAUGUGAUUUGGUGUAAAAUAACUGACCUUAGAUUUAAAGCAAAAGACAUUGUGAUGAUGUUGGCUGUCAUUACCCACAAUAAAACCAGAGAAAAAUGGUUGUGUUUUUUAUGUAGUGUAUACUUUUUCUUUAAAGAAUUACUUUAAAUCUUUGGUUGCCAAAGCUGGUGCAAAAUAUUCCCCUGGUGGGUAGGAAUUGAUGCACAGGUAGUAUGAAAGACCCUGCAGUGGAUGUUUCUAUUUCAUACGGGAAAAAAUUUGGUACGAAAAGGUGAAGGAGCAAAAUAACCUAAACUGGACCAUUUAAAAUAAGUUGCUGAGUUGUCCAAUUAAAUAAACUGCCCCGAUGUCUUGUUCUAGAAUAAAAAAACAAAAAAUUCCUUGCACUACAGGUGCAUGUACAUAUGAACAUAUGUAAAUUUUGAAAAAUGUAUACGAUGCCACAGCUGUGGCCUUUGUUGGCUGUAUAGAUAUCUUAUAUAAUAAAAAAUGCUACAGUA